UCUCUCUCGCGAUAAGCCCGGGGUAAUAUAUUGCCGGAACGAAUGUGGAUCAACGAAUGAAAAAUGAGUCGUAACCCAACCCAACUCAACUCCAACUCAACUCACUGUCUUCUCAAUCUUGAUCUCUCUCUCUCUCUCUCUCUCUCCUCUUCUUUAGGGCAAUCUUGAGCUCAUAACUCUCUCUCUCUCUUCUCUCUUUCUAUCUCUCCCUGUCUGAGCAGAUAUAUAUUUCUUUUUUCCUCCAAGACACUUGGAUUUUGAUUUGGGUCUCAGCCAUCAAAACCAAUCCCGUAUUGUGCUGCCUGCCCCCCAUCUUCUUCGCUCGCCAAAGCUUGAGCUCAAGAAUUCUAGCUGUUUUUGUUGUUGUUGCUGCUGUUGCUGUUCUUGAUGAUGGUGUCAUAGCGCCCAUCUGAGCUCCAAGGUCCGUCCAUGGCGGGUCAUGGAUGAGCAACCGAGUCCUUGACAGUGCGUGCCAAACUGGAGAGCCGCAAAAUCUGCAUCUCCUUUUCGUUUCUUUGUUCGGCUGGAGAAGUGGGUUUCCUCCAAGAAGGGUCAGCCAGAGCUUCAAACAAGAAGAAAAGGGUCAUCUAGAGAAGGUCAGAUCAACCGUGCCGUACAAGAAUUGACUGGUGUUUCCGCCCGCUCAUCGAGCUUUGAAUCUGGAAAAAGGAAAAGAGGAAAUUUUUGAAAGCUUCAGAUCGAGUACUGAAGGCUGAAGCUCUCCCUUCUGAGACCAUCUCAGGCUUUGCUUUUGAAAGAGGCACACACUGCAAAAAAAACUGCAGAAAUAGUGAUAGAGAGAGAAGAGAGGAAGCUGCUCUAUCGUUAUUGACUCUCUCUCUCUCUCUCUCUCUCUCUCUCUCCUCGCACACUCGCACAGACAUCCCUGACUUGGACUUUGAUAUAUCGGAGGCGUAAAAACAGGCUACUUUUUUUUUAUCGCUUCCCAGCCGAAGUACUCUCUGUAUUAUCGUCAUCAAUGCGUAGGACAUUGCAACCCCACCUGCACUCUCGCCAUCACCACCACCACCACCACCACCACACCCACCAAAAUCCCUCCUUUUCACUUGCAACUUCAACCCACCACUUCUCUCUCUGAGACCCACUUCCUCAAAUUCAAACCUCUUCCUCCUCCUCUCUCUAGAACAACCAUAAAUUCUAGUGAAAAGCCAUAAGGGUCUCAUCAAGUUCUCCGGCCCUUGCUGUUUUGAGGCAUGAAAGCGGCAUGGAGGUGGAGGAGAUCCAGACACAAGCUAAGUUCCCAAGGGUUGGAAAUGGGACCAGCAGGAGCAUCGAUUCGGUCAAGGUUAGGCCCAAAAUUGGCGACCAGCAGUACCCCGACGACGAGGAAGAUGGAGCACAGCAAAAGCAUUCCUUGAACCUCGCCGCCGCCGGUAUCGGGCCCGCCGGCAGCGGCACCAAUGGGCUCCGGGGUUGGCACAGCUCCCGGAUCGUUAGGGUUUCACGGUCCUCCGGCGGAAAGGACCGGCACAGUAAGGUCCUGACCUCGAAAGGCCUCCGGGACCGGAGGGUCCGCCUGUCCGUCGCCACCGCCAUCCAAUUCUACGACAUCCAGGACCGUUUGGGGUAUGACCAGCCCAGCAAGGCGGUGGAGUGGCUUAUCAAGGCGGCAUCCGACUCCAUUGCGGAGCUUCCUUCGCUCAGCGGCUCGUUCUCGGAGACGCCGCAGCAGUUCAGCGACGAGAAGCAGCGGGCGAGCGACGGCGGCACGGAGCAGGAGCACGGGUUCGAUUCGGCCGAGGUUGAGCUGGACGGCGACUCCAAUUUCCAGCAGCAGAACCAGAACCUCUCUCUGUCCAAAUCCGCCUGUAGCAGCAACUCUGAGAACAGCAAGGGUUCCAGUCUCUCUCUGUCCCAGUCGGAGGUCCGGGCUAAUCGCAUGGCGAGGGCGCGCGAGAGGGCGAAGGAGAGGACUGCCAAGGAGAAGGAGACCAAUAACCAGAACCUGAACGCAAUUACCCAUAACUCUUCCUACAUCGAGCUCCUCACUGGGGGGGCUAUGAGCACUGGAAACAACACUGCCGCCGCGGCCGCUGCUGCCACCUCCAAUGCCACCACCGCCGUUGCCACCACCACAAGUAGUCCUUCCGGCAGCGGCGAGGCCAAUCUGUUCCACAAGGCGGCAACGAGGCCAUGGAACUCGAUGACCAUGGAGUACAUCACCGGUAGUCUAUUCGGUGCACAAUUUUCCAGGGGACAUCCUCACCACACGUCUGGUGGGUUUCCUGGGCAGAUUCAAACGGGGAACAGCACGAAUUCGCUGCCGCAAGCGAUGCAAGUUCCGGCCUUUACCAUCUCCUCCGCUGAAAGUGGUGGCGGGGGCAGCCACCACCAGGAGCUCCCGCAUUACUCCUUCGUGCCCGACCACCUCAUCCCGGUGGCGGCAGCCACGGGCACGUCGCAGCCAGAAUAUCUGAACUUCAGCAUAUCUUCAACCUCUUCUUCUGGCCUCGGCGGCUUCAAUAGGGGGACCCUUCAGUCCAAUUCGUCAUCACCGUCUCUUUUGCCUAACCACCUCCAGAGGUUCGCUACUCCCAUCGCUACUCCCAUGGACGGUCCAAGCAUGCAAUUCCUGCUUGGCACAGCCAUGCCCAUCGCUGUUGAGACUAAUCACCACCACCAAAACCACCACAUUGCGCAGUUCCCAUCUGGGAUCGAUGGCCGGCUGCAGCUCUGCUACAGUGACGGUACCCGACAAGCCACGGCCGCAGCCGCCAGCCAGCACAAGGGAAAAACAAAGAACGGAUGAACUCCAUCAAGAUCCAUUCGUAUGUAAUCCAUCUUCUUUGAGUUAAUGCAGGUGGAUGCUAUGGUGCGGAGAGUGAAGAUGUAGAUAUUGCGGUGCCAAGCCACGAGCGGAUCAGAAUGUGACUGUUAUAUCUUUCAUUGUCUUAUGAAUUUCUUAUUCGAGUAAUUGAUGUUUUAGUUGCUUAUAUGUUGAUUUGGAAGUAAUAUUGGCUCGACCUCGAGCGUUCAAGUUGUGUUAUCCCCAUGUGCCAUUGUGUGCUUGCUUUCCUGGCUUUUUCCCAGGGUAUGAAUCAAGGAUUUGAUUGUUGCUGUUCUUCAUUGUUCUUGAAACUGUUCUAUACAGUCAAAUCAACCACAGCAUGACUCAUGCAAAAUGAGCAUCGCCAGAAA